CUGGUUUUUUUUGCGUUCCGGAGGGUGGGCCCUGGUCGUGAGUGGGGUCGGGCGUCUCCACCUCCUCGGGCUUUUAACCUAAUUUCCGCUCCUUAUCCGGGAAAGCACCGUGUGUUUUUCCCUUAGGGCCCUUAUCGUUUGUAGGGUGCCCACUCCGUAGUUUCAAGCUAUUUGAGCUCCUGAGGGUGUCAUUUCUCCUCUCCCCCAGUUCAGUACUCGCGCUCCAAGCCCGGAGCUCAGUCUUUAGUUCCCGUUAUGGCUCUCGUGGCUGGUGUCAUCCGUCGGCUAGACGAGACAGUAGUGAAUCGCAUUGCAGCCGGAGAGGUCAUCCAGAGACCCGCCAAUGCCAUUAAAGAGAUGCUCGAGAACUGUUUGGAUGCUAAAGCCACCAACAUCCAGGUGACAGUUAAAGAUGGUGGUUUGAAACUUAUUCAGGUACAAGAUAAUGGUUCUGGAAUUAGGAAGGAAGACUUGGAUAUUGUGUGUGAAAGAUUCACUACAAGUAAACUGCAGACUUUUGAUGAUCUAGCUAGUAUUUCUACAUAUGGAUUUAGAGGUGAGGCAUUGGCUAGUAUAAGUCAUAUUGCUCAUGUUACUAUAACUUCUAAAACAGCUGAUGGAAAAUGUGCUUACAGGGCAAAUUAUUCUGAUGGAAAACUGAAGAGUGCUCCAAAACCUUGUGCAGGAAACCAGGGAACUCAGAUCACAGUUGAGGAUCUAUUUUACAAUGUAGCCACCAGGAGAAAAGCUUUUAAAAAUCCUAGUGAAGAAUAUGCAAAAAUACUGGAAGUUGUUAGCAGGUAUGCCAUUCACAACUCUGGCAUCAGUUUUUCUGUUAAAAAGCAAGGUGAUACAGUUGCAGAUGUAAGAACAUUGUCAAAUGCUACAACUGUCGACAAUAUUCGGUCUGUCUUUGGAAAUGCUGUUAGCAGAGAAUUGAUCGAAGUGGGCUGUGAAGAUGCAACAUUGGCUUUUAAAAUGAAAGGUUUUGUAACUAAUGCAAACUAUUCCAUGAAGAAGUGCAUCUUUUUGCUUUUUAUAAAUCAUCGACUGGUAGAGUCAACUGCAUUGCGCAGAGCAAUCGAGACUGUAUAUGCUGCUUAUUUACCCAAAAGCAUGCAUCCAUUUUUAUAUAUAAGCCUUGAGGUGGCACCUCAGAAUGUGGAUGUGAAUGUGCAUCCUACAAAGCAUGAAGUUCAUUUCCUCCAUGAAGACAGCAUCUUGGAGCGUGUACAACAACACAUUGAGAGCAAAUUAUUAGGUUCCAACUCAUCAAGGAUGUAUUUCACCCAAACAUUGUUACCAGCUAUUACUGCCCCUUCCACGGAGGUUGUUAAAUCAGCAAAGUCUUCGGCUAUUCAAGGAAGUGAGAAGGUUUAUGCCCAUCAGAUGAUCCGCACUGACUCACGGGACCAAAAAUUGGAUGCUUUUCUUCAACCAGUUAAUAAAACCAAGAUUGCAGGACUUGCUGCAGCAGAACCAGAGGACAACAACAAGAUGCGAGAUUGCAAGGCUGCUGAAGUACAAGAUGUUGAAAUGGAAGAAUCUGGUGACUUGAAUGUAAAUGUUUCAAGAGCUGAAGAUGUGGAGACACCAAAAGGAUCAAUGGAAAGCCAACCAGUGCCUCUUGAAGCAGUACCUGCUAGAAAGAGGCAGCGAACAGAUUGUGAUCUAGAAAUGGAAAAACAUCCACAACAGGAAAUGACUGCUGCCUGCAUUCCAAAAAGAAGAAUUAUUAACCUAACCAGUAUAUUGACCCUUCAAGAGGAAAUUAAUAAAAAGGCAAAUGCAAGUCUUCAGGAGAUGCUUCAUGAUCAUUCCUUUGUUGGAUGUGUAAGUCCUCAGUGGGCAUUGGUGCAGUAUCAGACAAAACUUUACCUUCUGAAUACCACAAAACUCAGUCAAGAAAUGUUCUAUCAGAUCCUUAUUUAUGACUUUGGAAACUUUGGAGUUUUAAGAUUAUCAGAACCAGCUCCUCUCUUUGAUCUAGCUAUGCUGGCUUUGGAGAAUGCUGAAAGUGGUUGGACAGAAGAAGAUGGCCCCAAGGAAGGCCUUGCUGAAUAUAUUGUUGACUUCCUAUCAAAGAAGAGUGAAAUGCUAAAAGACUAUUUCUCCCUUGAAAUUGAUGGGGGGAAUCUUACUGGACUGCCACUUCUGAUAGAUAAUUACGUUCCUCCACUGGAAGGGUUACCUAUGUUUGUCCUUCGUUUGGCCACAGAGGUAAACUGGGAUGAAGAAAAGGAGUGUUUUGAUAGUCUUAGUAGAGAAUGUGCCAUGUUCUGUUCUAUUAGAAAGCAAUAUAUAAUGGAAGAUUCUGAUCUCACUGCUCAACAGGUUGAAGAGCCUGGAAAAAGUACAAGAUCAUGGAAAUGGACAGUGGAACAUACACUUUACAAAGCUUUUCGGACAUACCUUUUACCUCCUACAAACUUCAGAGAAGAUGGCAAUGUUUUGCAACUUGCUAAUCUACCUGACUUGUACAAAGUUUUUGAGCGGUGCUGAACAUAGAUAUUUAAUCUAAGAAUCCAUGACUAUUUAUUUCCUUUCUUGACAUUGUAAACUUUAAUCAGCCAUUGAAUAUUACUGUAUUUUAACUUCUGUAUAAAAAUGACUAUUGUAUGGUCAGAAAAUUGAUCCAUUAUCAUUCAGCUUUUCAAAAUAUCCACAUAUUGUAGUCUGCAAAUAAAGAAAAUUUAAUUAAA